AUGAUUACUGUCACCAGGUCUCUAGACAAACUUUAUAACUUUGCUGAUUGCUCUGGACUCCACCUGAUAUUUGCUCUAAAUGCACUGCGUCGUAAUCCCAAUAACUCCUGGAACAGUUCUAGUGCCCUGAGCCUGUUGAAGUACAGUGCCAGCAAAAAGUACAACAUUUCUUGGGAACUGGGAAAUGAGCCAAAUAACUAUCGGAGCAUGCAUGGCCGGGCAGUAAAUGGUAGCCAGUUGGGAAAGGAUUACAUCCAGCUGAAGAGGCUGCUACAACCCAUCCGGAUAUACUCCAGAGCCAGCUUGUAUGGCCCUAAUAUUGGACGGCCCAGGAAGAACGUCAUUGCUCUCCUAGAUGGAUUCAUGAAGGUGGCAGGGAGCACAGUAGACGCGGUUACCUGGCAACAUUGCUACAUUGAUGGCCGGGUGGUCAAGGUGAUGGACUUCCUGAAAACUCGUCUCUUAGACACACUCUCUGACCAGAUUAGGAAAAUUCAGAAAGUGGUCAAUACAUACACUCCAGGAAAGAAAAUUUGGCUUGAAGGCGUGGUGACCACCUCAGCUGGAGGCACAAACAAUCUGUCAGAUUCCUAUGCUGCAGGAUUCUUAUGGCUAAACACUUUAGGAAUGCUGGCCAAUCAAGGUAUUGAUGUUGUGAUACGACACUCAUUUUUUGACCAUGGAUAUAACCAUCUGGUGGAUCAGAAUUUUAACCCAUUGCCAGACUACUGGCUUUCUCUCCUUUACAAGCGUCUGAUUGGCCCCAAAGUCCUGGCAGUACAUGUAGCUGGGCUCCAGCGGAAGCCGCGACCAGGAAGAGUCAUCCGAGACAAACUACGGAUCUAUGCUCACUGCACAAACCACCACAACCACAACUAUGUCCGUGGCUCCAUUACACUUUUCAUCAUCAACCUGCAUCGAUCAAGAAAGAAAAUCAAACUGGCUGGGACUCUCAGAGACAAGCUGGUGCACCAGUAUCUGCUGCAGCCCUAUGGGCAGGAAGGCCUAAAGUCCAAGUCAGUGCAGCUCAACGGACAGCCCUUAGUGAUGGUGGACGACGGGACCCUUCCAGAACUGAAGCCCCGCCCCCUACGAGCUGGCCGGACAUUGGUCAUCCCUCCAGUCACCAUGGGCUUUUAUGUGGUCAAGAAUGUCAAUGCUUUGGCCUGCCGCUAUCGGUAAACCACCCUCUGCUUUAGAGCUGCUGGUGGGCCUGCUGGACUGCUUUCCUGCUCUUCCCCCUGUAGCACCCUUAGUCCUCAGCCUCCACUCCCGCUUUGCUGGAGUCAACAUAGACUUUCUAAAGAAACUAAACGUCAUAGUGUGAGCUUAGCCUAGGUAGGCGGCAUCCAUCCCUAAGGUAAAUGUAGAACUCUCUGUUUCUAUGCAAAGAGAACGGUGUGUGUCUGCUGAUGCACACCUCACAAACAGGCUGACAGUAUCUUCCAGAGCAGUGUUUCCAAACAGCUGCCUGUAGUCCUGAUCCCACAGCAAUGCAACUGCAAACCCCAAGCCCUAGCCUACCGCUGCUGCUGCCCUCAGCAAAGGAUGACGAAGGAAAAAGCAAGGGGGAGCUGCAAAUCCAAUCCUCCACUAACUCCUCCUUUGUCUGUUUCCUACUGCUGCCUUGGGUUUCCUGACACCUCUCUUCCCAUGGGAAGCAAAUGGGUGAGUCAGCUCUGGCCUGCUGGGUGAGCUGUUUCUAUCAUUUCCUGGCUGAUGUAUGAGUGUGUGCAUCUGGGCUUCUGACAAUGGCAUCCAUCACUGGCUAUCCCUCUGGGAAGCUGGUGCUUCACAAGUAGAAUUAUAGUCAGACUCCAAAGUCUGUGAGGUUCUAUUCCUCUGUGAAUCUAGAUUCCCUCCAGCUUGGAAUGGGAGUCAGGUAACAAUAUUCAUUGAGUGGAGAGCAAUGUAUUAGGCUCCACCAAAAGAAAUCAUCAUUCUUCAUGUUGCCAGGAGGGAGAGAAUUGUAGUACAAAGAAAAAGCACAUUGCAACAUCAAGUGCAUACGCAUGUGCUCACAAACGUGUGCACGUACACACAUACCAAUCUAAUAAAGCAAUUUAGAUCUUUCCCUCAAACUGAAAGGAUUUCAAAGACUCAAGAUAGUAAGCCCUUAGUUGUUAGAUUGACCCAGACCAUGUAGAAGAAGACGGCAUGAAUCAAAGUCAUUGUAAGCAUGGCUGAACCUUUCCACCUCUUCCCACAUAGCUGAGUCUCAGUGGCAUUUACUAGGGAGAAAAACCCCUCUGGUCCUCAAAGAUGACCAGAGCCAUCGUACCCCAGGUGCAUGUAUUUAAGCAUGGUACAGAGUUUUCGGUUAGCUCCACUGAAGGACGGGAAUUGGUCUGAGAGCAGAGCUGGCAAUGAUAGAUGGAAGCCUUCCGAGUGGCGCAGGCUAGAGGACCGACUGAAGGCCUGUGGCUGACUUUUAUUUGGCUAAGGGAAUGGAUCUUUGGAAACAAGCUGCACUGCAGUGAUUUCUGUGGACAGGACUGACCUCGGGACAGAUGACAAGAAUGGUGCUGCUUUUACGGAGGAAGAGGAUCCUUGACACUCUCCUGGGUGUCAGAAAAGUCAGUGGCACCGUUUCGAUGUGAACAGACAGGCCUGGGGAAGAAGCUGAGGCCCAUCACUGAGGGGAGCAGCGGGCGUUCCUGAGGUGCCUGAAGACUAAGGAUUUGGUCCAGUUGGCAAAGUGAGAGACAAGAGGAAAGUCAGGCUAACAAGAUGCCCAAUGCUUUUCAGCUUGGAGAGCGGGAAGCCGCCCAUCUUAGUUACUGUGAGGAAGACAGUGAGACCAGAUUUUGAUGUGCUUACUUUCAGUACAGGAGGAGCAUCACACGGCAGGUACAUUAGGGCAAGCAAGAACAGAAGACUGAGGACGGGCUGGACCCGUCGGUAGUCAGCUUGGAAGCAUCUGGAGAUGGUGGCCCAUGAGUCUUCUCACCCAGCAAGGCUCCCAAGGAGCCUCCCUUCCCAGCCACCUUCUCUGGAAGCUCCAGAACAGAGAGGUGUGGUGAUGCUGACGGUAGGGAGGAAGGAAAAGAAGAGAGACAGGUGUGGGCUGAAGUCAGGGAGUGUGGGAAAGGAAAGGAGACAGACAGAUGGGUUUUCCUUGAACAUGUAUCAAAAUCUCUUCUAAGUACCUGUCUGAGGGCAACUGCACGGACCCUGAUAACAGCAAGGUAACCAGAGGCCCCGAGUGCCAGGCCCUGGGCUAGUUUGCUUUCGUACAUAGAAGCCCCAUGCUAAAGCACGCUUGCCAUCCCCAUGGAAUGCAUGGGGUGGGUCCUUAUAUUGCCCAGCAUCACCCAGUGGAAUGUGUAUGUUUGAAGAAUAAUCCAGAAUCAGCGUACUUAGUCACCAAGCUCAGUGGCCUUUCAUGUCACAGACUCAGCCCUCAUCUGGUAGACUCUGCUUGCCCAGGAUAGCCAAGACUUCCAGAGCCCGGAGCAAACCCAUUUUCUGUAAAUAGGUACUGAUUCUUCACCAAGCCUUGCAGAAUGUAGGUUGUCUUGCUGCUUUUGUCUUUCUCUGUGAAUUAAA